GUCGGCACAGCGAGCGGCUCUCCUGCUGAGCCCCGGGGGGUGGCGGGGAAGGACGGACCGAGGCACAUGGCGAUGGGACAACCAGCUGGGCAGAGCCACGUCAGGAGCACGCUUCUGCUUCAGCUCCCUUGCUCUUGACCUCAACGCCUUUGAGACUGUUUCAGCCUGUGAACUACAUGGGCCUAAGUACCCCUACCCAGGCUGGCCUUGAACUUGCAGAGAUCCUCCUGCCUCAUCCUCCUGAGCGCUAGGGUUACAGGUGUACGUCACCAUGCUGGGCUUUCGGGCGGAUCUUUGCCGCAGCAGCUGCCCCUGGUACCCCUUGUGACAGGGACAGGGAGUCCCUGAAACACCGCGAGUGCCCUUGCCCUUGCCCUUCCUGCCCGGCUCUGUUUGCCAGCGCAGGCCAGGCCCGGGCCUCGCAGUGGUGUGGUGAGUGCCCGGGGGAACUCUGCCUGCCCUUUGCCCUGCAGGAAGGGCACGGCUGAGGCUGCCCUCUGUGUGAGUGCCCAUGCUCCCCUCAGUGGCCGGGCGGACACACAGGAUCGGGCGGCCCAGCAGCAGGUGGCCAGGUGGCAGACCGGUCAGAACGAAGCCGGGGACCUCCUCCCCCACCCACGCCGUGGCCUUGGCCAGGGGCGUCUCCUGCCCGGGGCUCUGAGGUCAGCCCGCGUCCUCCUCCGGCUGGGACCCCAUUGUCCUGGCCAGACGUGGUGCCAGCCCAUUUUUCCAGGUGCUGGCCGUGGCUCCGAGACAGGCAGGAAAUGCCAGCGGGGAUUCGGCGGGGCGUGCAGCCCGUGAUGCCCCACGCGGCCUGGCAGAAAGGGCAGAGGAAGCGUGUGGCCCGGGAGCCCUGCUUCCUGCCGCCGCCGCCCCUUCCCCCGGGUCCCCUCCACAAUGGCCCUCUGUGUGGCCUCGGGCCCCCGUGAGGUCCCAGGAGGGCCCUGACAGCAGACACCACUAAUUGGACGGGGCACGCCUGGCACACGGCACGCACUGAGAGGGCCAUUGUGGGGAGGUAUUAUUGUUCCGUGGGUGCGGGGCAGGGCGGCUCAGCCAGCUGGACGGGGUGUAAAUUGUUAUUUACAGUUUCUGAGCUUUUAAAAGCAGAGCUGUCCUGGUGCCUGUACUGCUCCAGACCUGCAGCACCAUGGCGACCCUGGCGACUCUGGUGUCCCUGCUCCUCCUGGGGGUCCAGACCCAGGUCAGGUCCGAAUGGACCUACUCAGAGGGGGACCUGGAUGAGGAGCACUGGCCGCUGGAGUACCCGGCGUGCGGGGGCAGGCGACAGUCACCCAUCAACCUGCAGCGGCAGAAGGUGCGCUUCAACCCGGCGCUGACGGCGCUCCACCUCACGGGCUACGGGGACGACCAGGCCGGCCAGUUCUCCAUGACCAACAACGGCCACACGGUGCAGAUCAGCCUGCCCUCCAGCAUGCGCCUGGCGGCGCCCGACGGCGCGGAGUACGCGGCCGUGCAGAUGCACUACCACUGGGGCGGCGCCUCCGCCGAGCUCAGCGGCUCCGAGCACACGGUGGACGGGAUGCGCCGGGUCAUCGAGAUUCACGUGGUUCACUACAACGUGAAAUACGAGAGCUACGAUGUAGCCAAAGACGCCCCGGAUGGCCUGGCGGUGCUGGCCGCCUUUGUGGAGGUCGAGGACUACGCUGAAAACACGUACUACAGCAGCUUCAUCUCCCACCUGGCCAACAUCAAGCACCCAGGACAAAGCACGGUGCUCAGCGACCUCACUGUCCUGGACAUGCUGCCCGAGGACCUCGUCCACUACUACAGCUACUGGGGCUCCCUCACCACCCCGCCCUGCACGGAGAACGUGCGCUGGUUCGUGCUGGAGGACUCCGUCAAGCUCUCCAGGGCGCAGGUCUGGAAGAUCGAGAACUCUCUGCUGACGCAUCACAACAGGACGCUGCACAACGGCUACCGCAAGGCCCAGCCGCUGCACGGCAGGGUGGUGGAGGCCAACUUCUACCACUUCCCCAGCCAGCGCUCAGAGGUCGAGUUUUUACUACACAGGAUCGAGAACAACAUCCAGUACUUGGUUAAGGCUCUGGCGCCCAAGAAGGCUAAGAAGCAGUACUAAGGGGGGCGGCACCGCGGACGCGCACGGGAGAGGGCGGCCGGGCGCGGAGAGUCCCGGGACGGGCGCCCUGCACACCGACUGGGCUUCUGAUUAGGACGGGAAACCAUCACCCGGGACAAGACGGGACUCGGGGCCGACGUCGCCUAUGGAAAUUGAUGGGCGCAGAAAUGGCGCGGCCCCUGGGCUCUAACUCACCCGCUGGGGCUCCGGGGGCGGCUGGGGCGAGCACUUGCCUGACACGCGCGAGGCCCUGGGUUCCCUCCCGGGCACCGCAGAAAUCAUCCCUCACUUGGCAUAAUAAUAAAUCAGCACGUGGAAGCAACGGUGCAAGACGCAGAUGCACGCAGAGCCGCCCCGCUCGGGUCAGAAGGACACAGGGGCGCUUCUGCGGGGGCAGAAAUAGUCUGGGUCUUGACGUGGCUGCACGAUGACCCGCACUCGCUCACCUGCACGCGACAAUAUUUCUUGAAUGAAUGUAUCACGCUGUACAUAAAUUACUCAUAAAUUAUUAAGUACCAUUCGCUUGGGAAAAAAGAAAAAAAAAAUCAGCCUGAUUCCCUUUAGCGUUUAGAUGUAAUAAAAUAAUUUUGGA